GGCAUCGAGCCGAGUCGUGGUGCGCCGCGCCGCCGCGCCGGUCGGCAGUCAGACGCGAGCGGCGAGCAGGUUCGCACGUGAGCGACAGAGUUCUGCUGCAGAGAGCACUAAAUACAAAGUUCGAGAGAGACGAGGCAGGCCGAGAGAUGAAGAUCGUGCUGUUGGUUGGCCUGGUGGUGUGCGGCGCCAUCGCUGCGCCGGUACCUGACGAUGACGAAGUGGACCUGGUCCCCCGACGGCGGGUCAUCACCAGCAGUCGGGCCGGGCCCGGCUACGCCGGAGCCGGAGCCGCCGCCGGCGGCUUCGUCGACGCCAGCGACAUUCUGCGCCAGAUCUUCGGCUCAGGCUUCCCUCGCCUGCUGCCCAGGAUUGACCCGAACUGUGACACGGGCCGGUUCCAGCUGAGUGACACUGUCUAUGACAUGGUGGAGCAGUGCCAGCGUUCGCGCUCCGCCGAGCAGGACCUCAAACAGUGUAUCCUGGAUGCUCUUCCGGAUGAUGCCGGUGAGCUGGAGGAGUUCCUGGACCGAGACGAGUUCACCAUUGCCGGUAUCAGCUCAUCUUUCUCAAUCGCCAUUAUCGACAGUCAGAUGACACAGAAGCGGGUAGUGACCUUCCGUCUCUGCCCUCCGAGCGACGAGACAAACACUGUCGAGGAGGAGCCGGUGCCAGAGCAGCAGCGGCCGGCCCUGGGGCCGUUCUACCGGCCCUACCGACCGGCACUGCCCUCCUUCAGCGACUCCAUGUUCGACAUGCGGCCCACGUUCCAGAUGCCCACGUUCACGCAGCCGAGGCCAUUCUUCGACUUCAGCUCGUUCAAGCCGUUCUUCGAUCUGAAGCCCAGCGACAUGUUCCCAUCUUUCCCCAACCUCGGCUUCGAUGCCAACUUCCCCACAGCGGGCUAUGACCCGGAGACCUGCGUGAAGCAGACCUUCCAGCUGCCCAAGGAGCAGUUCGACAAGGCCAAGAGCUGCCAGUUUGGCACUGAAUCCUUUGAGGAGUGUCUGAACGAGCAGCUGGGCGACUCUGAGGAGGCCAAGGAGCUGCUGGAGUUUGUCGGCGCUGACGGCAUGAUGGUGGUGGACCGACGCUUCUUCUCCUCUGUCUCCAGCGUCAACGGCGUGGUGACCCGUAAGAACAAGAUCCAGAUGACCCACUGUAAGGAGGUCGAGGUCGAGGAGGAUGAGCCGGCCGCGGGAGAGGCGAGACAGCAGCCCCCGGUGGUGGAGCAGGGCCCGGCGCAGGGCGAGAAGGCUACUCCGGAGGAGACGCCCAUCGAGACCACCAACCAGCAGGAGGCCUACCUCGGUGAGGACUUUGAGCCGUAGUGGUCCUCCCAUCGUGCUGAACACCAGCCGAGAGGGGCCAUCCGGAUCAGCCGAGCUGGACGACCCACAUCCAUCUGCACACAGUGUGCGUUAUUUAGCCACAGGCGCUUCUGUUUGCACUUAUGGUUCAAUCACAAGCAGCGUUCUGAUGUUUACGAUUUGUCAUAUGUCAAUUUAUCAGUUGCGACUUUAAGAACUGCGUGUGGACCGACCGUGAAGUCGCCAGGUCCUGCUUUAAACAGUGAGGCUGCUCCAGUGAUUGGGGAGCUGAACUAUAUAUUGGGUGAUGUCUUGGGGCUGUUAUUACAGCUUUUGGCUGGCCGUCACCCGAGUUGAGGCGCCUCAGCGGAGGAAGGGUGACGUGCCCACACCGGACAGACUGCAGGGGGCGCUGUGGGUCGGUCCGUCGAGCAGUGACGAACGCUGGUGCCGCCGUCGGCCCCGGGGAGCGGCGGUACGGUCCCCUCGGCCACUGCAGUGUGGUUCACUGCCCACUGCCCAGGUCGGCCGGUGGUGGCUGCAGCGCCGCCCCCGAGCUGUGGACGGGACAGGCCCUCCGGGCGGCGGUCUCACUCGGCCAGUGAAGUAGUGUUGAGGGCACGUAGUGUCGCGCAUAGUCGACCCAGCUGGCUGGCAGAAAGGCAUGCUGAGCGUUUGCCGAUAAGGCUAUGUGUUCGACUGGUGUUAGAUCGUGUAAAAUACACAUUUCCUACUAUCUGUCCA